UUUUUUUGCAAAUUGGAAAGGCGCUAUCGUUUAUUUCUAUUUCUUUGAACAAGAGGAUAAUUGUAAAUGCAGUAUUGCAAAUAAGUUGUAGUGUAGUUUUAAGCUUUGACGACUGGGUGGCGUCGUUGAUAUCUGUGAAACGCGGAAGUGUAAAAAUUGAUCUGGAUGAGCUUCCGUACAAUUGUCUUGUUUUAUUUGUGUUGACACAGUUUAGAACCUUAGUCCCCUCACACAAGAGAUCACUUCUCUGCUAUUGCAAGCACAGCUUCUGUGAUGAUCCUGACUCAAAGAUGACCCACAGCCUGAGCUUCUGAACAGUAGCUGAUCCUCGAGUAAAGCAGCAAAGUUAGAGGUUACAAACAAGAGUGACCAAUGCUUUCUGAUGAGCUUGACUCCAAACCAGAGCUCCUGGUGCAGUUUGUUCAGAAUGCAUCCAUCCCACUGGUUCAGGGUCUGGAGGAAUCAGAGUCCAAACUCCCCUGUCUGCCUCUGCUGACCCCGGUGGAGAGUUCACUGUGCAGCCCUCUCGAGCUCACGGAUGGAGGGCUAAGUCAUGAGCCAGAGAGUUCUACCUCCUUGUCAGAUUUCAGAGGUGUGUCGGAGCAAAGCCCUCUGGUGGUGCAGACGCACCCACAACCACAGACCUCACCUAGCCCCCCGCCCAUCCNNNGUGACCUCCAGAGGCUCCUGCUCGUGUCGAUCUCGCAGCAUCUUUCAUUUGCCUUGAUAAUCCUGUUUUAUGGCAAUUCUUCCUCUUCGUUUUGUUCCCUUCAAGGUAUCACAUCUUCCUCGGAGACCCUGAUCUUUGCUGCAGAUGGUGCCGGGGAGGAUGGCGAUGAUGGGGUCUCAUCAGGGGAUUAUGGCAUAGACGGCUGUGCUCCCUGGUACCUGAGGGUGCAGGAACUGGCACAUGACAGCUUGAUUGCUGCCACCAGGGCACAGCUUGCGAGGGAUGCCAAGGCCAACCAGGAUGCCAGGGCGGCAAGUGUCAACAACGGUGACCACACACACAGCGGGACUGCAGAUGGAGAAAAGAGAGAGCCAGCGACAAGAAGCAGCAGUCAUCUCUCAAAGCAGAUCCUGCGCUGCUCAUUUGAGGGCUGCUGCAGGACAUUUACCUGGCCAGCUCAUCUGAAAUAUCACCUCAAAACACACAGGAAUGACCGAAUGUUCAGGUGCGGCGCAGAGGGCUGUGGGAAGAGUUUCUACGUGCUGCAGAGGCUGCAGGUUCACAUGAGGACUCACAACGGCGAGAAGCCCUUCAUCUGCAAGGAGAAGAACUGUGGCAAGAAGUUCACCACGGCCGGAAACUUGAAGAACCACAGACGCAUACACACAGGAGAGAAGCCUUUUCUGUGCGAGGCAGACGGCUGUGGGCGAUCCUUCGCCGAGUAUUCCAGUCUACGAAAACACAUGCUGGUACAUUCAGGUGAGAAGCCCCAUCACUGUGGAAUCUGUGGGAAAACAUUCUCUCAGUCCGGCAGCAGAAACGUCCACAUGAGGAAGAGACAUGGAGAGGAGGGGCUUGGCAAUGACAGCCGAGAGAGAGGAGAGGCUCUGACACAGAGCAGUCUUCUGGAGGCAGACGGUGAGACCAUUACAACAGUGGUGGAGCCCAUGAACCUACAUCACGCCAUGUUGAGAUCUCCAGGCUCUGCAGACUCGGUGGUCGUCCUCUCUCAGCCACAUGAACUGGUGACCAUCACAACUGAAGGCCAUUCCUAUGGAGAAGACGUGGUGGCGCUGCUGUAGCCCACUGACAUUAAUGUGGACAACUGUUGGAAUGAGUACCAUCGGACUGAACCUCAAAAAUGUAAAUAGGUCAACUGCUGACUUUAACCUCUGUAGAUAAUUGUAAUUAGCAACCAGUGAUGGUUUUAUUUUGCCAGGUAUGAAGAGAAAAAACAAAAAUUUCGUUCACGUUAUUGAAAAAAAAAAAGUCCCAAAGAAACAUUUAGACGGGUUUUCAAGGUUUAUGGUAAUUUAAUGACUAUGCUUUGUUUUGUGCAUUUAGCAAAAUCAUUGUUAACGGUGGUUGAAAACACACUUAGAAGGCACUUAAUCUUAAGAACAUUAACGGGUGACCUGAGAAAAAUUAUACACACCAUUAUUCUUAUUAGAAACAUUAAAACCCCGGCAAUUAAAAAACCUGCUAAGUCACAGUGUAUCAUAAUGCUACCUGUAUACGGUGGUGUUGCACAGAACAAUCAGUAAUGUUUAUGACCCUGGUAUCGCAAACAAGAAGUGUAUCCAGUGAUGAGCUGCAUUAACAGAAUGUCUUAUUAUUGGCUGCAUAUUUCACACACAAACACACACACACAUAUAUACA